AUGACUCUUGACCAUCUCACCCUUCGACCCGUCAUUCCUUUGGCCCUAUACCAAUCAAAAGAGGACAAAAAGCAGCCGGAAAAGCCCCACACACUUGCGGACUUGGUGGCUGAGAGUGAGCCCUUGCCAGUGAGCACUCUUCAGAGGAUACCCACCCCUCUUCUCCCUCGCCCCAUCGGUACGUCCAGGAUUUCGACAUUACGGCUGCCUCCGGGCUUCGAGCACUUAUUCUCGACAGAGGCAGCGGAUAAGCGCUAUGCCGACCAGAUCACAUCUGGCGGCACCGCUGGCGAGCGCGCUUCAAAAUCCCAGAAAAAACGCGCAAAAUUUCGCACUCGAAUUUUGCUUUAG